AUGUCUUUGUUUAAAUUGAUUACUCCGUGUGCAUUUGUUGAGCUUACGAAGGCCUCCAAGAAGGUGGUACCUGUUGACUCUACUUGGUACCUGCCCAAUUUGAAGCGUGAUGGUAAGCAAGAGUUUAUGGACGUUGAACGUAUUCCUGGUGCUGUCUAUUUUGAUAUUGAUGAUAUCAGGGAUUCAGCUAGCGAGUUUCCACAUAUGGCUCCAGACCUAGCUACUUUCAAUGAAGGGAUGAGUCAACUUGGUGUGAAUAAGGAGGACAUUCUGGUUGUCUAUGACAGAAUUGGUAAUUUCAGCGCUCCUCGUUGUGCAUGGACAUUGGUUAUGCUAGGCCACCCAGAAGUGUACCUGUUGAACAACUUCAAUGCGUACAAGAAAGAGGGCUAUCCCCUAGACACUACAAAAUGGACAAAGCUCACUCAGUAUCCAAAAUCUAACUAUAAGUCUGAAACCAACCUCUGUCCUGAAAAUGUGAUUACCUAUGAACAAAUGCUGGAAUUGGUGAAGUCUGGCGAGUUGAAGAAGAAGUACAAUGUCUAUGAUGCAAGAGCUUUGAACAGAUUUGAAGGUAAAGCUCCAGAACCAAGACCUGAUAUUAGCUCAGGUCAUGUUGCUGGUGUACAGCCUCUGCCAUUUACUGAAAUCUUGGAUCAACCUGAUCUAACAUUCCCACAAGAACAGGUUGACAUGGAAAAGAAAGUUCAAGAGGCAUUCAAAAAGCUGAAUAAUACCUACGAUCCAAGCAAGCCUACGAUUGUCAUGUGUGGUACUGGAGUCAGUGCAUGCAUCAUUAGAACAGCUUUGGAACAUUCAGGUGUUAAGGACAUAAAAUUGUAUGAUGGAUCAUGGGUUGAAUGGGUCUUAAGAUCAGAUCCUAAGCUCAUUGCUAAAGAUAGAGAGUGA